AUGAAACGGAGCCGUGGACAUUUUGAUUCUUCUGGUGAGGAUGUCAGUUACAAAGAUGUGCAAACUAACAUUUACAGGAAUCGAGUCAAUGGCUUAUCCUCUAGGAAAUUAUCUGGAAAAGAUGGAUCUCCAAUGCCCUCUGGCUUGAAAUACAGUGAAGCUUCAGGAAAUAAGUUGCCUGACGUAAGGCUUGACCGAACAACCAGAAAUUUAAGGUCCCAGGAAGAUGGUUAUAAUAGAGAAGAGUUAUCUCUUCCGAAAUCCAGUUCUGAAACAAUGGAACGGUUGAAAGAAGAAAAUCGAGAUCUGAGAGAAAGACUACAACGGAAAGAGGAAGAGAUUCUAGGUGACCUGCUGCAUGAUCUACAGAAAGAAAAGGAUAAAUGCAAAUCACUUGAAGCUAAGCUGCACGAGGCAAAUCGAAAAAUUCAGGAACUGGUCAAAGAACAAGAUAGUUUUAUUGAUAUAUUCUCAGAAGAAAGGGAGCGUCGAAAUACGGAGGAAGAAAAUUUGAGAAAGAAAUUGAAGGAGGCAUCAAAUACCAUCCAAGAAUUGCUUGACAAGAAGUGUGCAAACGCACUGAAGGCACAUAAUCUCUCCUGA